AUGGUGGAUCUUUUCAGUGGGAAGAUUCUGAUUCGAAACAACAGGGACAGGGAUGAGAUCGACACAGAUAAAGAACUUUAUCUCAGAUUAGAGAAUAAGGUCGUUCUGCUGUAUUUUGGCUCAGGAGAGUGUCCAUGUUGUGAAGAAUUUGUUCCUGUGUUAAAGGACUUCUUUGUGAAGCUAACAGAUGAAUUCUAUGUGAACAGAUGCUCCCAGAUUGUACUGGUGUACAUUUCACAGGAUGAAACAGAAGAGAAGCAGGACAAGUUUCUGAAAAAAAUGCCCAAACGAUGGCUCUUCUUACCCUUUGAGGAUGAGCUGAAGAGAGACCUAGAGUACAUGUUCAAUGUCAAUGAUAUUCCAACUGUGGUUGUGCUGAAGCCAAAUGGAGAUGUAAUAACAAUGAAUGCUGUCGAUGAAAUUAAACGACUCGGGCCAGACUGCUUCAAGAACUGGCAGGAAGUGGCUGACAUUAUUGAUCGCAGUUUCCUGUUGCCAGACGACUUUGAUGAUCUUCCCCUGAAGAGCGCCACAGAUCCAUUUCAACGUCUUAAAUACAAAGUAGAUAAAAAGAAGAAAGAUAAUACCAAAAAAGAAGCAGAGGAAAAGGAGGAAAUCUGGUCAUGAGUCUCGUCAUUCAAAACAUUUGGACAAUUCUUCUUUUUUUAUUACAUUUGUGUAUAAGGACAGUGAAGCACGGCUUUCCCCAAUUAUUCUCUAAAAUGAUAACAAAAAUGCCUGUUGUAGCUUCAGAAUGAAACCUUCUGGUUCUCACCUGAAGAACUAAUUGUUUAUCAUAUAUUUUAAAAGUUAUUUAUCUGAUGAAAAGCAUUAAAAUGUAGUUUGACUAUUC